AUGCAUUUCAACAGUUUGAACGAAAACUGCCAAACGGAAAUCCUCACUUGGGGCGUCGAUAGCAAUGUUCAGGUGCCUCCACACUACAGUACCGAAGCCUCCAUCAUUAUUGAAGAGAUGAAUUACAAAGGAUCGUAUUCGGUCGUUACUAAACUAUCCGGCAAUGUGACGAUUUCAAUUAGGAGGCGAAGAGACGGCGCUUUGGUAUUGCCGAUACGUGUGAAUAUUGUUGAAGUGUUCUUGUCUCAUCUUGAAAGCCCUCACUGCCGAAAAGAGGUUUGUCUCAUUCAUCGUUGUAUAUUCUUCACAAAGGCUACGGGAUGUGGUGCGAAAGCAACCCUUCGUCAGCAUUGCGCCAUUGUCAGCAUUGCG